AUGGGUCAGAAAUUAUCACUAUUGGCACCAUCAGCACCAACUGUUGCUGUGUCGUCAUAUGUGGAUGCAUUACAAAAUUAUCAAUAUGUUGAAGUGAUAAAUAAUUCUCGAUUUUUAAAGACGAUAAAGGCAAUUGAUAAGACUACGGGGAAUUUAGUAAUCAUAAAGCUACUAAUUAAACCAGCGUCUCCAAAUUAUUCGAUUCAAUUACAACAAGUUAUUGAGCUCAUGGUGAAGCAAUCAUCGCUUUUAUAUCCAUUCAAAAAUGCAUUGCCAUGGCACAAAUUGAUUGAAACUGAUCGUGCUGGUUACGUUAUUCGACAAAUGAUAAAAACCAACUUGUAUGAUAGACUUUCGAUCCGUCCAUUUCUUGAACCCAUUGAAAAAUUGUUUAUUACAUUCCAGAUUUUAAAAAUCGUUAAUGAAAUACAUUCAUUAAACAUACAUCAUGGAGAUUUGAAAUUGGAGAAUUUUUUAAUAACGUCUUGGAAUUGGUUAUUAUUAAGUGAUUUUUCUAAUUUGUUAAAACCAACAUACAUUCCAGAAGACAAUCCCAACCAAUAUUCAUUUUAUUUUGAUACUUCUGGCAGGAGAUUGUGUUAUAUUGCACCAGAAAGAUUCUAUAAUUCUCAAGAUCACCCGCAACAUAUUCUGAAUUUUAAUGAUGAUGGUCUGUUUACCAUGAAGAAUAGUGUGACUGAUGCCAUGGAUUUGUUUGGUACAGGAUGUGUGAUUGCAGAAUUGUAUAAUGAUGGAGAACCAACAUUUACAUUAUCACAGUUGUUUAAAUUUAUGAAAAAUGAAUAUGCCCCAGACUUUUCUGGAAUAUACAAUAAGGAUAUUGUACUGAUAAUUGAGAAAUUAAUAAAACUAGAUCCAAACGAAAGAUUAAGUGCACGAGAAAUAUUAGAUGAAAAUAAAGGUACUUGUUUCCCGGAAUUUUUUUAUGAUUUUCUUUAUGAUUUUAUGGAGAUGUUGAAUAAUCAAGAGAAUUUUUCAUUAAAUUCCAACAACGACAAUCUAUCAAUUAGUGAUAUGAAAAUAAAUUAUAUCUAUGACAAUUUUGGAUUAAUUAGUAAACUGCUUAAAUUUGAAUAUUCAAUAGAUGAAUCCAAUUUGUCGCCAGAUGAUAUUUUGCCUAUGAAAUUGAACCUUGAAACCAUGCCAUUCAACUAUAGAAUCAAACAAAGCAAGUUUAUUGAUGACGAUCUGCAAGAGGCAGCAUUGAUUUUAUUAAAUGCGGUGACGUCUUUUUCUCAAACACUUAGACAAGUCAACUCUAAGAUAAAAUGUUGUGAAUUGAUUGUGGCUUUAUCGGAGCGAAUACGUGAUGAAUCCAAAUUGGAUCGAGCUAUUCCGUAUCUAUGUUUAUUUUUGGACGAAUAUAUUGAUGGGGUUUUUCAUCAACAAGAAGGUGUAAAUAUUGCUGCAAAAGUUGUAUGUGUGGCUCUUUAUUCAUUAACUUCACUUUUAAUGUCGUGUUCUUAUAUCAACCCAAUUAAUAUGCUAAUAUUUCCAGAAUAUAUUUUGCCAAAAAUCUAUAAUUUGGUUACUGUAAAGAGUGAUUCCAAUUCUCAGAGAUUAGUCAAUUGUGCAGUUGCAGUGUGUUUACCUUAUUUGGCUGCUACUGCCAAAAGGUUUUGGAUUAUGUCAAAGGCAUUUAAAAAUAGUAACAAUGCGUUGAGUACUUUGGUGUCACCCGAAGAUGCCAUGCAAUCUUUUAGUAACUUAUCCUUGACUAAAGAUCAACUAGAUCUGAAAUUUAAAGAGAUUACAAUUUUGUUAUUAACUGAUUCAGAAACACCAGUGAAAAUCAGUUUGCUUAAUAAUAUCUUACCAUUGUGUCAAUUUUUCGGACAGGAUAAAACCAAUGAUAUUAUUUUACCCCAUCUAAUAUCAUACUUGAAUGAUACUGAUCAAGAGUUGAGGUUGGCAUUUUUAUCUUCAGUUUUACAAAUGGGACCAUUUAUUGGGGUAUUAUCAUUUGAGCAAUAUAUCUUGCCCUUAUUGGUGCAAACAAUUGGUGAUGGUGAACAAUUUGUUGUUCUAAAAGUUUUAGAAAUUUUCAAUAUGUUUGUUAAGGAACGACUUAUUAAUCCAAGAACAGAAUUUAAUGCAUUGGAUGUAUAUAAGGAGUUACUAUCAAACAGUAUAAACUUGUUGUUACACCCUAACGAAUGGAUUCGACAAUCAGUGAUUAAUUUGAUCAUAUAUAUAAGUGAUAAUUUGACUGAUGCUGAUAGGUAUUGCUUUUUAUAUCCAUUGAUUAAACGGUUUUUGAGUUAUGAUUUGUCGAUUAUUGAUUGGAAUACGUUAUAUCCGUGUUUGACCAAACCAUUAACAAAACAAAUUUAUGACUUAGCCAUCACUUGGUCUUUGAACUCAACGUCAAAAUCUUUAUUCUGGCAGCAAAAGAGUUUUUCAAUGUUAAUGACUAAACAAUCUGGGAACACUAUCAAAAAGAAAAAAUUGAUUUCUUUCAAUAAGGAUAUGGGGAAAUCUGUUUACUUGCCACAAAUGAUGUCCGAAUUGAGUUUUGCAAAUGGAUCGAAUAAAAAAGGUAAUCUGACAAUCCCUUUAUCACUGGAAGAUAAACAAUGGUUAUUGAAAUUGAAAUCAAUUGGUCUAGAUGACAAAUCACUUUGGAAAAUUCUUGCCUUACGGGACUAUAUUUUUCAUGUGGGUAGAUCACCGACUUCCACAAUAAAUAAGCGAUUAAAAUCUUCUGAGAAUGAAAAUUUACUGAUUUUACCACGAAAUAUAUUUUUCACAGUAGUAUAUCGAUCGGAACCAUUAUCAAUAUCUGGUGGAACUCGAGAACAAAAAAUCCUUGGAACUAAUGCUGAAGAAACUGUUCUGAUAAGAACGUCCUCUCGAAGAGGAUCCAAUUCAUUGAUAUUACCUCAAUUAGAAAGAGUUACUGCUUCGGUUCAAACGGUAGAGGCAAAUAUUAUGGGCGAAAUGGAAACUCAUAAUUCAGGAGUGACUAAAGAUGCUUGGUUUAAUGAUUCGAAUACUUCGCAUAAAGUGUUCAGUGUGAGUAAUUCAGGAAUCAUAGUUUCACAUAUAAAACAUACAUAUACUGGUGAGAAUCCGUAUAUUUUGAAUUUUUUAAAAAAUCCCAAAUUUCAACCUAAUUUAUCUGAUUUUGAAGAAUUUGGGAAAACUAUUAUAAGGCACCAACAUAAGCAACAGCAACAGCGGAACGAAAAUAUUGAUAUGUUGGCACCUAUGAAUGUAUUAGUGGCAAGCUUUAGAUCUUCGGAUAAGGAGAACAGAUUAGAAGAAAUCACCACAUUAGCUGUAUGUCCAACAUCGGAAUUUUUUGUUACAGGAUCAUCUACUGGAAGCUUAAAAGUCUGGGAUAGUUUAAAAAUGGAAAAAUUAGUUACAGUCAAGAAUGCUAAUUUAUCAGUGGAAUUAAAUUCAAGUAUUUGUUCAAUAACAUUUUUACCUAAUAGAUUUGUUGUUAUAGUUACUACCGAUGAUGGAACCAUUCGAUUAUUCAGAAUAGAUGUUAUAAGAAAUAAUAAGAGUAAAAAAAUUGUUAGAUACUUAAAGAUGCAUUUGAUUCGACAAUAUAUCCAUGAAGAAAGUAAUGAUAAUAAUAACAAGACUCAUCAUCAUCAUUAUCCUAUUGAACAAAUCAAAUUUUUACAAGAUAAUUAUAUUAUUGGAAUUGAUGCCAUUGAACAGAAGAUUAUCAUGUUGGAUAUAAUCACCAUGACAAUCCUGUCCGAAUUACAACAUCCAUUGAUUUAUGGGAUAAUCAAUACAUUUAUUGUCUAUAAAGAUUAUUGGUUAUUAGUGGGUACUGAUAAAGGGGUAUUGACAUUAUGGGAUUUAAGAUUUAAAAUCAUUGUCAAAUCUUGGCAUGUACAAAAUAAUGAAAAUAAUGUGAAACUUGAUUCUAUUAAUAAUUUAGAAUUAUUGUCAUCACUUAAUUCAAUUAAAUUGUUUGAAACCAAGAAAAAUGAUGGCGGUGGUAGUAAUACUAGUAGUGCUUAUUUUGCUUUGAGUGGUAAUGAUGAUAUUAGUAUAUGGGAACUACCUAGUUUAGAAUGUAAGGCCAUUUUACGAACAAGUAAUUCAGCCAUGAUGAAUUCAAGUACUAGUAAUAUUAUGAAAUAUUCAUUGAUUGAAUAUAAAGAUCAUGAUGGUGGUGAUGAUAAUGGUUUUUUCAUUGAAAAGAUCAUUGAUGAUAUUCAACUUGAUAUUGAUCACGAAUAUGACCGGAAAUUGGAUUUAAAUGUUUUGACAAUGAAAUUUUUCCAAUUUAAUACCAAUAAUGAUUAUUUGAUGUGUUCAACUGGUAGUAAUCGGGUAAUAUUAUUUAAUUUAUCUUCAAUUAAAGAUUCUGUGAUAUUGAAAUCUGAGAAAGCGACUUUUAACACACGUUAUUACAAUAAUGUGGUUAUAAUUGAUCCUGUAUUUACCAAUGAUCAAACAUCAUCAAAUGGAAACACUACGACUAACACCACUUAUAAUGUUGUUAAGUUGAUUGAUCAUGUGUUUGAACCAUUCCAUAUGAUUAUUACCAUUGAUAGGAAUAAUUGCGUCAAAUUAUAUAAAUCGGCUAAUGAUUAA